GUAGCAGGAGUGCCAAAAUGCCACAGUAGCUUGGACCAGUUACAAUGUCACUUAGGGACUUCAAAGUUCCAAACCCUAUAAGUGCAGGCGCUAAAAGGACGGAUCGAAUUGCGAAGAGGAAAAACCCGAAUCAAGUUAGAGUGCGUGUGCGACCUCGCAUUGAACAAAGCAACACUCAACAGGAAGUAGGCCACCACCAGCUAGAAGAUGAUGAGGGAGAGCAACAUGCUAACGUGGAAAUGCAUAUGGGCGCUUCAGCAGCGGAUCCGCUGCCGCAUGUGCACAGCGAGUCCGAUGAUGAAGACACCGAGCAAGGCGACGACGCAUCAGUGGACGUUGCAGCUCAGGUCAGGGUCCGAAAGGCGUUCUUAAAGCACUACGCCUCGGGGGCAGACAGCCGCAGCCGCCUCCUCGACAGUGCCGCCGACACGCUGCGGGCGUUGGCCCAGGCCAUCCCACGCACAUGUCCUGGGUGCGGCGUGUCCGCGGUGUUCGGGGGAAAGCGAUGUUCCGUGACAAUUGUCACAUGGGAGCAGCCUGUGAUCGCGGAAAUACCUGUGGGCUGGUGCACAACGUGCAAGCAGGGCUGCAACUUGCUGCCGGUUCAGGCGGACUGCGUCUCCGACUCGAACAGCGGGUGGGACCUCGACCGCGCUCACUCUGGCAAGAACGUUCUCUGGUGGCACCAGUCCGUGCUGCAGAUGUAUGACAUCCUGUCAUUCAGGACCAGACAUCUCAGCGCAGACGCGUUUUGUGACGCUAUGAUGAACAGCUGGGAGCGCAAUGGGAUCUCCCGUCCAAGCUCUGUGUCGGCGACAACCCUGCGCCAGCGCAUGCGCGAGGCGCUGCUGUUGUAUAUGGACUGUCAGAACGUCAUCGAGGACUACCCGGAGGACACUAUAACCGACUGGCCUCGCGGCGCCCUGAACAGCUGCCCCUGCUGCGGUGACAGCGUCACAUGUGCAGCAAUGGCGGUGGACGCAGGCGCCGGGCCAGCUGGCGGCGCCAUGGCAGCCGGCGUAGCGGCUGCCCCUGCAGUGGUUGGGGAAACGGUGGUGGGCGCACGCGCCGGGCCGAGCGGCAGUGGCGGCGUGGCGGGUAUGGACAUGGCAGACGCCGGGCCAGCUGGCGGCGCCAUGGCAGCCGGCGUAGCGGCUGCCCCUGCAGUGGUUGGGGAAACGGUGGUGGGCGCACGCGCCGGGCCGAGCGGCAGUGGUGGCGUGGCGGGUGUGGACAUGGCAGACGCCGGGCCAGCCGGCGGCGCCAUGGCAGCCGGCGUAGCGGCUGCCGCUGCAGUGGCUGGGGAAACGGUGGUGGGCGCACGCGCCGGGCCGAGCGGCAGUGGCGGCGUGGCGGGUGUGGACAUGGCAGACGCCGGGCCAGCCGGCGGCGCCAUGGCAGCCGGCGUAGCGGCUGCCGCUGCAGUGGCUGGGGAAACGGUGGUGGGCGCACGCGCCGGGCCGAGCGGCAGUGGCGGCGUGGCGGGUGUGGACAUGGCAGACGCCGGGCCAGCCAGCGGCGCCAUGGCAGCCGGCGUAGCGGCUGCCGCUGCAGUGGCUGGGGAAACGGUGGUGGGCGCACGCGCCGGGCCGAGCGGCAGUGGCGGCGUGGCGGGUGUGGACAUGGCAGACGCCGGGCCAGCCGGCGGCGCCAUGGCAGCCGCUACUGUGGUCAUGCUUGGUGCAGCCGCUGUCGCUUCAGCAUGGCUGCUCACCGCAUGCAGUCCUGAGGGCUCUGGUCCGGGUCCUUCUUGUCUCCACUCGGUGCACUUCGACGCAUGCUUCAAGUUGAAUUUGCUGGCGUUCAGAGGCUACGCGGCGCAGUACACGCAGCUUGCACGCCGCCGCUUUUUCCUGCCCAACACGCUCAUCCAGCAGGUACUUGCAGACGGCACGGCUUCGCAGCAGAUUGGAGCAACCCACUGCUCCAACGUCAACGCCGAUAAGGUGCUUGCAGCCGAGUCACGCAAGAACCUGAUCACGGCAGUCGGGGCUGUGCUAUGCCGGCACGGUAUGCUGCUGCGGUUGAUGAACCUGUUCGGAGGCGAACGUCAUGCCUACGCUACGACUGCGGCGUUGUCUCUCCUGAGCGCUGGAACAGCGGUGCAGUUCUGGUGGUACGACAUUGCUUGCAGGUGGGGCAAAUCCUACACCAAAUGGCUGGGACGGCAAGCUCCAGAGCUGCAGCAGCUGGGCGCAGGCCUGCGACCCCUAAUCCCGCCGUGGCAUCGGUACGCCCACAGCCUCGCCUGCCAGAAGGCAUUUGGUCACGCCAGCGUAGGUGGUGUGGGGCAGGGCACUGGGGAGCCGGCUGAGAUCUUCAACAGCGUCAUUGGGCCGCAUGGCGGGGUCACCCAGUACAUGAGUCCGGCGAAUAGGGAGGCGCAUCUGGAGCGUGUGUGCCGCCUGUACUGCCGGGACGUUUUGGAGGACAUGCCGAUGCGGCUCUGGCGCAUGCGUGAGCGUGCGAAGGCGGUCCUGUCCAGUGCGCGGCAGCGCGUUGACGACCUGGAGGCAGCCCUUGCAAAGGAGAUGAGCUGCGAGGUCGAGGAGGUACGACAGCGCCUGCAGCAGCCCGCAAUGGAGCCCGUUGCGGGCACCGGUGCGGGCGCAGGCGCAGGCACAGCCGCAGCCGCAGCCGCAGCCGCAGCCGCAAGCGCGGGCACCAGCGUAGGCGCGGGCGCCGGCACGGGCGAGGGCAUGGGCGAGGGCACGGCCGCGGGCGCGGGCGCGGGCACGGGCGAGGGCACGGCCGCGGGCACGGGCGAGGGCACGGCCGCGGGCGCGGGCACGGGCGCGGGCACGGACACGGGCACAGGCGUGUGAGUGUGUCUGCUGCAGAGUAUGCACGCUGCAGACUUGCCAUCAUGAAGCUGCAGCGUGAGGAUGCGCUGGACGACAGCUCGGACGCAGUGCGUCUAGGGCUGCUGUUUCCAGGCGCGGAUGCUGUGCCCGUGUGGCAGCGACCAGUCCUCAUCCGCUCCAUAAAGGAGCAGGCUGCAGAGCUCGAGCACAAGCACGGGUACGAUCCAGUAGCCUGGGGCCCAGGGUCGGUGCUGAUGCAGGCAGCACUGGCGGCGCUGGCGGAGAGCGAGCUUGCGAAACUGUGUGACGAAGUAGAGGAUGCCGUGUCGGACGUCGUUGCGCUUGGCUACGUGGUCAAGAAACUGGCAGGCCGCCGCCACCAGCAGCAGCUUGCGGUGAAAGAGGAGAGGCGGGCGCGGGAGUCCGUGGCCCGGCUGUGGGGCGAUCUCGUCAGCUGGAGUAAAGUCCCCAGAGCCACGUCUGAAGAACUGCGGAGUGGCCUCUCAGCUGCGGGGGCUAUGGGCAAGGCCCUCAAGAAGCAGGCCUUUCCGUGGGUGCCACGGCACGGGCGCCUAGGGGUGCCGAAGCUGGAAGCGCGUUGGCGCCGCGCGCAGGAGGAAAUUGUGCGGUGCACGGAGGAGUUAGAGCUUAUCACCAAAGAAAGCACGUGUGCGGUCAAGUACUACACGCACCGCGCGCGCCUUUUGACCCAGGCACAGUGCGGUGUAGAGGAGCGGAGUAGCCGCGGGCGGUUUACUGCCGGGCAUGUGAGUGCUGUCUCUUGAAUAUUGGUGGCGGGUAAGCGGGCUGCAAGCAUAGGCAGCUGGCCUGCACGCUAACGUACUAACGU